AUGUACAUGAAGCAAAAGGCAAUCUGGAAACUAUGCGUACUCCUCAAGUCGUUGUGGUCCGCACGAGUACGGAGCAUCGCCAUGCAGACACCGCUAUUUGCAAAAGACAUCGUUGCCUGCAUCAAGCCAUGUGCUCAAGUAGCCCUCCGAAAGGUCUCGCGCUUCGUACAUGGUGACGACGGAAAUCAAGCACACAUGGAGUCUCCUGUGCAUAGCCGGAAACAAUUCUGCUGGGUGCGCGCUGGCCGGUCGGCUGUUUCUCGACCGAGGAACCCCGGCUCCAUGGACAAGAGCGAUCCCUCCGUCGGCACCGGCCUGGUCGGCGCCCCGGCCUGCGGCGAUGUCAUGAAGCUCCAGAUCAAAGUCGACGAGAGCGGCACCAUCACCGACGCAAAGUUCAAGACCUUUGGCUGCGGUUCGGCCAUUGCCAGCUCCAGCUACCUGACUACGCUGGUCAAGGGCAUGCGUCUGGACGACGCCGCCAAGAUCCGCAACGUUGACAUUUCCAAAGAACUCUGCCUGCCCCCCGUGAAGCUGCAUUGCUCCAUGCUGGCCGAAGACGCCAUCAAGGCUGCCAUCGCCGAUUACCAUGGCAAGAACCCCCAGGCUAGCAUCUCCGACCUCGCCGGAACGAGCCGGAAACUGGAGAAGGAGAUGGCGGCCUGA